AUGCAAGUGGACACAGGAGCAGCUGUAUCCUUGGUGUCUGAGGUUGUAUACAAGGAGAAACUACAUCACCUCACACCACAGCCAACGAAGAUCACGCUGAAAACGUACACUGGUGAGACUGUACCAGUGAGAGGAAUCUUGACUGUAACAGUGAAGCUCAACAAACAGAUGGUAAAGCUACCACUCUACAUUGCGAAGGGCAGUCAGCCAGCUUUGCUAGGACGCACGUGGCUGGAAAAGAUCAAAUUAAACUGGCAGGAAAUUCAUAUGGUUGCAAAAGUUGAGAACAUAAACCUUCAAGGAAUAUUGAGGAAACAUGCUGAAGUGUUCAUAGGAGAACUUGGUAGUAUGAAGGACAUAACAGUUAAAUUGACAGUGAAACCAAACAGUAAGCCCAAAUGCUUCAAAGCCAGGCCUGUUCCAUAUGCCAUAAAGCCAAAAGUUGAAGCUGAACUAGACAAACUAGUCAAGAGUGAAGUACUGGACCCAGUAAGUGUUAGUGAAUGGGCUACACCAGUUGUUCCAGUCAUGAAGAAAGACGGAUCCAUCAGACUUUGUGGCGACUUCAAAGUCACUGUUAACCCUGUCCUGACAGCUGAACAGUAUCCAUUACCCCUCAUUGAUGAUCUGUUUGCUGGUUUAGCUGGAGGACAGAAAUUCAGUAAGAUAGACUUAUGUCAGGCCUAUCUUCAAAUGCAUGUUGACGAAGAAUCACAAGAACUGUUGACAAUAGUGACUCACAAAGGACUGUUCAGGUACCGGAGGCUUCCCUUUGGGAUCACCUCAGCCCCGGCCUUGUUCCAGAGAGCUAUGGACCAGAUACUGAGUGGGCUCACCGGUGUCCAGUGUUACCUCGAUGACCUUUUCAUCACUGGUAAAGACGAACAGGAGCACCUGAGAAACCUCGACGCUGCACUAAAGAGACUGGAGGAGUACGGACUGCGGGUCCGGACGGACAAAUGUGAGUUUUUCCAGUCUUCAGUUGAGUACCUGGGCCACAUUAUCGACGGCGCUGGGCUGCACAAGGCACCAUCUAAGGUAAAAGCUGUCGAGGAAGCUCCAUCCCCACAAAAUGUGAGUCAGCUGCGAUCAUUUUUGGGACUACUGACGUACUGUGCAAAAUUUGUGCCGAACCUAUCAAACAUGUUAAAACCACUGCAUGAACUGUUGAACAAAAAAAAAAGAGCCUUAGUCCAUUCAGAAGCCCUCACACACUUUAACCCCGACUUGCCAUUACAGUUAGCGUGUGACGCAUCGCCUUAUGGUGUUGGUGCUGUGAUCUCACACAUAAUGCCAUCAGGUGAAGAAAGGGCAAUUGCUUUCGCAUCACGGACUUUAAGCAAAGCAGAGAGCAAUUAUGCACAGAUAGAGCGCGAAGCACUCUCUAUAAUCUUCGGAGUUAAGAAAUUCCAUCAGUUUCUGUUCGGAAAACGAUUCACGCUGCUCACAGACCAUAGACCACUCACUUCCAUCUUUGGUCCCCACACUGGAAUUCCAUCGCUCGCAGCCAGCCGCAUGCAGCGAUGGGCAUUACUAUUGUCUGCUCACCAGUAUGACAUCAAGUACAGAAGAGCUGAGCAGCACUGUAAUGCAGACGGCCUCUCAAGGCUCCCCUUACCUGUCUCACACACGAAGCACUCCGAGGCUAAAAUCUUCUACUUCAAGGAAGUGAGCAACGCCCCAGUUACCUCAGCCCACGUGAAGAAGUUCACCCGCACUGACCCAGCGAUGUCUGAGGUCAUGGACAUCAUCACUCAUGGGAGAGAAAGAGAGCUGUCAGACAGCCUAAAGCCUUACCUGGUGAGGAGGAACGAGCUCACAGUGCAGGCUGGAUGCUUGUUAUGGGGUUUUCGAGUCAUCAUUCCGCCGCCACUGAGAAAGCAGGUGCUUGAGGAACUCCAUUCAGGGCACUGUGGAAUGAAGGAGAUGGCGCGUAGCUACUUUUGGUGGCUAGGCUUAGAUGCAGCUAUCGAAGACAGGGUCAGGUCAUGUUCUGCAUGUUAAAAGAUGAGAAACAUGCCUCAGCUAGCGCCACUACACCCAUGGGACUUCCCAGAGGAGCCUUGGCAAAGAAUUCACAUAGAUUUUGCAGGUCCACUGGAGGAUCGUAUGUUCUUAGUCGUAGUUGACGCACACAGCAAAUGGCCAGAGGUCGCCAUAAUGAGGAGCACUUCAUCAGGGAGAACCAUCGAGGAGCUACGGUCCAUCUUCAAUCGCUUUGGAUUACCUAUGCAACUAGUUAGCGAUAAUGGCCCCCAACUGGUAUCUGAAGAGUUCCAGUCAGUCAUGGAAGCAAACGGAAUUCAGCACAUCAAGUCAGCUCCCUAUCAUCCCGCCACAAAUGGCCUAGCGGAAAGAUUUGUGCAGAUGAUGAAGCAAGCUCUAAAAUCAUCACAAGGAAACGGAACGCUCAACAAGCGCCUAAGCGCCUUCCUAUUGACCUACAGAAACACCCCCCAUGCUACAACCAAAGUGGCCCCCGCGUCAGCCAUGAUGAAAAGACAGCUUCGCACACGACUUGACCUUCUGAGACCACUGAAGACUAAGCAGGUCGUACAGACACAACAGAGAGCACAGGUGGAGAGACGGAGCAAAGCGAAAGACAGAAGCUUCAGAGCUGGUGAAAGAGUUCUUGCUCAGAACUAUUGCAAAGGUCCAAAGUGGAUACAAGCAACAGUUGUCGCACAAACAGGCCCUGUGUCCUACACAGUUUUAACACUAGCAAACUAG